AUGGCUCCCCCACCAGGGGACCCAGGGCCCAAUCUGAGGACUGGACAGUCUUUCCUGAACAUCAAUAUUCUGCCUGUGGUGGAAAGGUGCAUGAGCGCCAUGCAGGCGGGAACCCAGAUGCUCAAGCUCCGAGGCGGCUCCAAGGGCCUGGUCCGCUUCUACUUCCUGGACGAGCAUUGCUCCUGCGUCCGCUGGCGGCCGUCGCGCAAAAAUGAGAAGGCCAAGAUCUCCAUUGACUCCAUCCAGGAGGUGAGCGAGGGGCGGCAGUCUGAGGUCUUCCAGCGCUACCCUGAUGGGGUUUUCGACCCCAACUGCUGCUUCAGCAUCUACCACGGCAGCCACCGAGAGUCCCUGGACCUGGUGUCACCCAGUGGGGAUGAGGCGCGCACCUGGGUCACCGGCCUGCGCUACCUCAUGGCCGGCAUCAGCGACGAGGACAGCCUGGCCCGCCGCCAGCGUACCAGGGACCAGUGGCUGAAGCAGACGUUUGACGAGGCCGACAAGAAUGGGGACGGGAGCCUGAGCAUCAGCGAGGUCCUGCAGCUGCUGCACAAGCUGAACGUGAACCUGCCACGGCAGAGGGUGAAGCAGAUGUUCAAGGAAGCAGACACAGAUGACCACCAGGGGACGCUGGGCUUUGAGGAGUUCUGUGCCUUCUAUAAGAUGAUGUCCACCCGCCGGGACCUCUACCUGCUCAUGCUGACCUACAGCAACCACAAAGACCACCUGGACGUCACUGACCUCCAGCGUUUCCUGGAGGUGGAGCAGAAGAUGGCGGGUGUGACCCUUGAGAGCUGCCGGGACAUCGUCCAGCAAUUUGAGCCCUGCCCGGAAAACAAGAGUAAGGGGGUGCUGGGCAUCGACGGCUUCACCAACUAUACUCGGAGUCCCGCCGGUGACAUCUUCAACCCCGAGCACCACGGCGUGCACCAGGACAUGACACGGCCGCUGAGCCACUAUUUCAUCACCGCGUCCCACAACACCUACCUCGUGGGCGACCAGCUCAUGUCCCAGUCUCGGGUGGACAUGUACGCCUGGGUCCUGCAGGCCGGCUGCCGCUGCGUGGAGGUGGACUGCUGGGAUGGGCCUGACGGGGAGCCCAUCGUGCACCACGGCUACACUCUGACCUCCAAGAUCCUCUUCAAAGAUGUCAUCGAAACCAUCAACAAAUAUGCUUUUGUCAAGAAUGAGUACCCAGUGAUCCUGUCCAUUGAAAAUCACUGCAGUGUCAUCCAACAGAAGAAGAUGGCCCAGUAUCUGACUGAUAUCCUCGGGGAUAAGCUGGACUUGUCAUCAAUAAGUGGAGAGGAUGCCACCAUGCUUCCCUCUCCGCAGAUGCUCAAGGGCAAGAUUCUGGUGAAGGGCAAGAAGCUUCCUGCUGGCAUCAGUGAGGACGCUGAGGAGGGCGAGGUGUCUGAUGAAGACAGUGCGGAUGAGAUCGACGAGGACUGCAAACUCCUCAACGGGGACGUCGCCACCAAUCGGAAGCGUGUGGAAAACAUUGCCAAGAAGAAACUAGACUCGUUAAUGAAGGAGUCGAAGAUUCGGGACUGUGAGGACCCAAAUGACUUCACCGUGUCCACGCUGCCCCCGUCUGGAAAGCUUGGGCACAAGGCAGAGGGCAAAAAGGCGGAGGAGGACGUGGAGUCAGGGGAGGACGCCGGGGCCGGCCGUCGGAGCAGCCGGAUCCUUCUGAGCGGCUUCUCCAAGCGCAAGAAGAAGACCCGCAAGCUGAAGAAGGUGGCCAGCGUGGAGGAGGGAGACGAGGACCUGGACUCCCAGGGCAGCCAGAGCCGAGGGGCGACCCGGCAGAAAAAGACCAUGAAGCUGUCCCGGGCCCUCUCGGACCUGGUGAAGUACACCAAGUCUGUAGGCAUGCGCGACGUGGAGGCAGAGGUGGCGUCCAGCUGGCAGGUGUCGUCCUUCAGCGAGACCAGGGCCCAGCAGAUCCUGCAGCAGAAGCCGGCCCAGUACCUCCGCUUCAACCAGCACCAGCUCUCCCGCAUCUACCCCUCCCCCUACCGUGUGGACUCCAGCAACUACAACCCCCAGCCCUUCUGGAACGCCGGCUGCCAGAUGGUCGCCCUGAACUACCAGUCGGAGGGGCGGAUGCUGCAGCUGAACCGGGCCAAGUUCAGUGCCAACGGGAGCUGUGGCUACGUGCUCAAGCCCGAGUGCAUGUGCCAGGGCGUCUUCAACCCCAACUCCGAGGACCCUCUGCCCGGACAGCUCAAGAAGCAGCUGGUGCUCCGCAUCAUCAGCGGACAGCAGCUCCCCAAGCCGCGGGACUCCAUGCUGGGGGACCGAGGCGAGAUCAUCGACCCCUUCGUGGAGGUGGAGGUCAUUGGGCUCCCCGUGGACUGCAACAAGGAGCAGACGCGUGUGGUGGAUGACAACGGAUUCAACCCCAUGUGGGAGGAGACCCUGGUGUUUACCGUGCAUAUGCCUGAGAUCGCACUGGUGCGCUUCCUCGUCUGGGACCAUGACCCCAUUGGGCGUGACUUCAUUGGCCAGAGGACGCUGGCCUUCAGCAGCAUGAUGCCAGGCUACCGGCACGUGUACCUGGAGGGGAUGGAAGAAGCCUCCAUCUUUGUCCACGUGGCUGUCAGUGACAUCAGUGGUAAGGUCAAGCAGGCUCUGGGCCUAAAAGGCCUGUUCCUCAGAGGCCCAAAGCCUGGGUCGCUGGACAGUCAUGCUGCUGGGCGGCCCCCACCUCGGCCCUCUGUUAGCCAGAGGCUCCUGCGGCGCACGGCCAGCGCCCCAACCAAGAGUCAGAAGCCGGGCCGCAAGGCCUUUCCGGAGCUGGUCCUGGGCACGCAGGACACAGGCUCCGAGGGGGAGGCCCGUGACGUGGCCGCUCCCAGCCCCGGCCCUACCCUGGAGGCCCCUGCCCCCGAGGAGCCCGGCAGCCGCAGCCCCCGAGAUACCCGCCCCUUCUCCAUGCAGAGGACGGGCUCCUCCCUGUGUGGCCUGGAAACCAUUGCUGAGGAGCCAUCCCUGGGUCCUGGCCCCCCACCUCUGGUGGCUGCUCCCCCCAGCCCCUCCCCGGGAGGGGCCCUGCGCACCUCGGGACCCGGCGCCAAAGUGGUGAGCCCCGCAGCGGUAGCUCUGGGAGCUUCCAUGCCCUUCCAGCCCAGGACCCGGAGCAGAGGGGACACGGAGCCGACCCUGGAAGGCCGGCGGAGGGUGUACAAUGGUGGGGGCCCCAGGGGGGCGUGCGAGGGGACCCCCAGCAGCCAGAUGGUCAGAAAGGCCAUGAGUGAGGGGCAGAUGCCCUUGGAGCUCCUGGGUGGAUGGCGGCCCCUGGCUGGGCCCUGCCCCACCGUGUACUCGGAUGCCACGAGCGGAGACCGGCUGUGGCGGCGGCUGGAACCAGGGGGCCAUCGCGACAGCGUGUCCUCAUCCUCUAGUGUGUCGUCCAGCGACACGGUCAUCGACCUCUCCCUGCCGGGCCUGGGCCUGGGCCGUGAGAGCGUCUCAGGGGCUCUAGCCGGACGUCUGCCCCUGCGGCCCUGCUUGGCCACAGCUGCCCGCCUGGACCUGUCGGCCGUGACCAAGAGCAAGUCCAGCCCCAACCUGCGGGCUGCCGGCCAGCUGCCUACCGCACUGGAAGAGCUUUCGCCGCGUCCCCUGGCCCCCAGGCCCCCCUGGGGUCGCCUCCCCCUGGCGGGCCUCCGGGACUGCCCUGCAGCUGCCAAGUCCAAGAGCCUGGGGGACCUGACUGCUGACGACUUUGCCCCCCAAGUGGGGAUCCUGGGCCGGAGCCUGGGCCUGGCAAGGGAGGGGCGGGCAGGGCAGGGGGCACAGCGGGACGCCCUGACGGAGCAGCUGCGCUGGCUCACCGGCUUCCAGCAGGCGGGUGACAUCACCUCGCCCACGAGCCUGACUGCCGCGGGGGAAGGGGCGCCUGGUCCCCCCAGCUUCCUGCGGCGCUCUUCCUCCCGCAGCCAGAGCCGCGUGCGCGCCAUCGCCAGCCGGGCCCGGCAGGCCCAGGAACGGCAGCAGCGGCUGCAGGGCCCAAGGGGACCCCCAGGGGAGGAGCGGGGCACCCCCGAGGGUGCCUGCUCCGGGGGCCCAGGGGGCUGUGGGGAUGUGCCUGCCCCCGCCAAGGGCUCUGCUGCCACCGGGCUCCUGCUCAGACUCUGACGGGCUCCCCAGGGUGGGAGGUCCCCAGCCCCUCCCCCGACCCCUGGCCCUGCACUGUGGUCCCGUGGAAGCCCCGACCCUCAGCCCCCACCUCUCCCCAGGGAGGAAGGGAGGCUGCCCGCGGUCGGGACAGAUUUUUCAUGGUGUUAAGAUAUAUAUGACAAGUAUUUAAAAUUUUUAGAGACAAAGCUUCUACCACGUUAAAAUGGUGCCCAGUCC